AAAAAGCCAAUGGACUUCUUGGAAAUCGAGAUAAGAAGUUAAAUUUAGAAGCAAGCGCCAUAACUGUGUUGAACUUGUCAAUUCUUGGUAUCAGUUCUUCGAAGUGUUCAUGCAUAAAUUCACGAAACGCUGUAGAUAUGUGUAGCUCUGAUCUCGCUAAUUUUUUUCUUUCAUGCGAAUCUUUUACAUUGGUCACGAAAUCUACACGCUUUUUGUGAUCACAAGUCUGCCAUUCAGUGUUAUAGAUACAACGUGUGUUGAACCCUCAUUGAUUUCACAACCCAGCGGCAAAUCGUCACGAUGAUACAUAGCGCUGACGGGGGGCCGAGGCUUUCUUCCCUGGAGUCGAGGUGACGUCCCUGACGAUGUCCUGCAGGUCUGACGCCUGGCUGUGGAUCUUCAGGACCGGCGUCGGCCUCAUUCUGCUGGCCAGCCUUCUCUUCCUCAUUGGGUUUGCCACUAACAACUGGUCCAGCCAGAGCGGAAUUAAAUUUGGAUUAUGGGAAACGUGUUCUGGGUUGCAGUGUAGCAGUCUAGUCGGAGAUGUACCAGCCUAUCUUGGUGCCACCCAGGGGUUUCAAAUCAUUGCCCUAGCAAUGUACACCCUAUCGCCUAUCGUCCACUUCUUUGUCUUUAUGGGUGUCAAGCCAGGAGAUGGCCCCAAGUCUAGGAUCUUUGAUGUUGGAUACAGCAUUGGAGUUGUAUUUCAUCUGUGUAGUGUUCUCAUCUUCGGCCUUGAGGUGCCUCAUCCCGACACCAUCUCCUGGUCAUUCAACAUGUCAGCAGCCUCUGUGGGGCUGGCAGCGGUUGGAAUUGUGCUGGCCAUCGUCUCCAGAAAGAAAGCGUUGCGCAAGUUUACCUUGUUUUCGAAACAAAAUAGAAUGGUGACGCCUCUGCCCAACGACAGCGCUAGCGUGGGCGGAUCAUCCAGUGGGACCCACCACAGCCACACGCCUGUAAAGCAUGAUAAAACGUUUGGCCCAGCAGACAGGCAUCCCAGACACAGCCCCGACUCAUUUCCUUCAAAUUCUGCCUCUAGCGUGCCGUCUACGUCUUACGCCCACCAACCAACAAGAUUACACCAACAACAUUUGCAGCCGCCAGAGGCUUUUCCUCGCAGAACAGAACUCAACCCUUCUUCGGCUUUAGCACCUAUCUCUUUGGGACCGAUUCGAGGUACAGUGCCUAGCGCUCCACCGAUUGAGGAGCCUCCCACGUAUGAUGAAGCAAUGUCUCAAAGUUGAUAAACCAAUACGUUUAGAAGGUUUAAAAAUGUUGCCUUGAUUUUUAAAUGGUUUAAAUAUUGAAGAAAAAUUUGACCUCUCCUGAAACACAAACGAUAACAAAAACAAAAACAGUGUAUUAUCAAACAUAAGUGAACUUUUGUGACCCUAGAUCCACCUUAGGCAGACCCUACUUCCACUACAGCCAAACAUAACCAACACCCUGUACGGCAGUGCUGAACAACUGAAGAAAACAGCACACUUUUUUUUCCUUGGCACAGUCUGCAAAAGAGCUCACAGCUCAGCAGCACUAAAGCUGGCUAGAAGAAGAAGCAGAAGUGACCCUAGAUUGGAACUAACACGUCUGACUGUGUAUCCCAGUCACAUUAUAUUAGUGUUAGUCUAAAAAAGUUGCUAUACUUUUGAAGUUUCGAUACUGUAAAAUUAUUAAGACAAGUUUUCAUGUUUAAUACACAAAAUAACAUUGUGUUCAUUUUCUAAAAAAAUAAGUUAUUGAUCUAGCCUGAUAAAGUCUUGUAUAUGACAGAUUAAUCGUUCAGCUGAGGUCAAGAAUGUACGAUCUGAUCCCUUUGUGGUGCUUUGUGUAAAGUUCUGUCCAUUCUAGUUUUUAUUUAACUAUAUAAGUUUAAUUGCAUUGUGUGUAAAGUUCUGGCCAUUCUAGUUUUUAUUUAACUAUAUAAGUUUAAUUGCAUUGUGUGUAAAGUUCUGGCCAUUCUAGUUUUUAUUUAACUAUAUAAGUUUAAUUGCAUUGUGUGUAAAGUUCUGGCCAUUCUAGUUUUUAUUUAACUAUAUAAGUUUAAUUGCAUUGUGUGUAAAGUUCUGGCCAUUCUAGUUUUUAUUUAACUAUAUAAGUUUAAUUGCAUUGUGUGUAAAGUUCUGGCCAUUCUAGUUUUUAUUUAAUUACAUGAGUUCCAUUUUUUUUAUUACCUGCCAUAAAUGUCUAAUAGUUAACAGCGAGAAAUAUAAAAAUAUGGGUGUUAAAAAAACAUUAGGCAAGUAUGAUCUAGAAUAAGUUAUAGACAUAUUGAGAAUCAUUUUUUGUUCUAUUUGAAUAUAUAUAUAUAAUAACUUUGAGAUGUUUUCAUUAGUAUUAUAAUUAUUUAUAAAGAUCCACACCUAUUGUUUGUUUCAAUCUGAAUUGUUUGCAAAAUAUUUUACAUAAUGCAGGCCUUAUAUCUUUUAUAAUGUUGCUUCAUUACAAGAAUUGUCAGAAUGUUUAGAUCUAUAUAAAUAUUUUCUAAAAACAUGUGAAACAUUUUACCAGCUAUUUUUACCCUUUUUAAACGAAGAAAUGAGAUGGGACACAUUGUUGUCGCUAGAAACAUUGAUGCAUAAUCUCGUAUGAUCCAUCUAAGAUCCUGAUAUGAUUUAUAACAAGGAUUAAAUAUCAGAUUUUGAGAAUCAUUUCUUUCACUACUUAAUACCUAACACAUGUGGGUUGUUUAUCUUGAAUACAGUGCAUGCAAACUAUUCUAUAAGUAUUUUUCGGUCCAAUUUUUGUCUCCCUUGAAAGAAUGAAAAAAUCCUUUAUAAUAGAGAAGAAACCAAGUGAGAACAAAAUCUGGGGAGAUUUAAGUGUUUCUGGGUUUUCUUCAGCCUUCUUUAUUUUAUACAUGAACUUAAUUGGGUUUUUAUCACCGUUUUAAGCAGCGUUAUCAACAAAAAUGUUAAACAAAACACUUUUUCUUGAUACACAUUAACCUAUGCCAUUCUAAGCAGGUUGUAUCAACAAAAAUGUUAUACAAAACACUUUUUCUUGAUACACAUUAACCUAUGCCAUUCUAAGCAGGUUGUAUCAACAAAAAUGUUAUACAAAACACUUUUUCUUGAUACACAUUAACCUAUGCCAUUCUAAGCAGAUUGUAUUUUAUUUUAAAAAUAAUGUAGACUACAUUUUGAAAUAGAUGCUUAUGUUGUUUUUUUGAUAUUUUAUGAGUCUUCGUGAUUCUCAUUAAAAACGACGUAUUCUGUUAAAUGCCAAAGCUACAAAGCAUUAUUCGAAGAAGUUGUCAUUCACUGGCGACAUAAAUAAUCCCUUAUUACAGCUGUGAGUUGACUGCAGUGCAUGAGAUGGUGAGAAAGUCUAAAGUGAAAAAUUGCAAUAUGUAUGCUACAGUGGUGUGUUGAAAUACAAUUAGUUCGCACUAUUGCAAUAUGUAUGCAACAGUGGUGUGUUGAUAUACAAUUAGUUCGCACUAUUGCAAUAUGUAUGCAACAGUGGUGUGUUGAUAUACAAUUAGUUCGCACUAUUGCAAUAUGUAUGCAACAGUGGUGUGUUGAUAUACAAUUAGUUCGCAUUAUUGCAAUAUGUAUGCAACAGUGGUGUGUUGAUAUACAAUUAGUUCGCAUUAUUGCAAUAUGUAUGCAACAGUGGUGUGUUGAUAUACAAUUAGUUCGCAUUAUUGCAAUAUGUAUGCAACAGUGGUGUGUUGAUAUACAAUUAGUUCGCACUAUUGCAAUAUGUAUGCAACAGUGGUGUGUUGAUAUCCAAGGAGUUCGCAAUGAUUUAGAUCUUAAUUAUUCUGCUCCGAAGUGGUGCAUACUUUCUAUUGUACAGUAUAUAACAAGUAAAAUUGAAUGAUUAUUGUUAUUUGUUAAUUCCAUUGCUCAACACAUGUAUAGGCUUCUAAGGGUCUGUUGAAGAAAAGACCACUUCUAUAAGUUAUGAAAUAUAGAUACAACUAGUGUUUCAUGUAGGCUACUAUUAUAUACAUAUUUGCUUUGAAAUGUACCAUUUACUUUGUCUGUGCUAAAUUCUAUUAGCUAAGUUUAUCUGUGCAGAUUGUAUUUUGGGCGUCUCUGUUACUUUAUUCAUCAAUUUGUUUCCAAGACUUGAUUUAUUUCUUAGUAUUACUUUGGGAAUAAACAUUCUGCAGUAAAUAUGAACAACAUUA